UUUAAUAUUACAAAAUCGAGGAUUAUUUGAUUGCAAAUUCAAUUCAAGAAGAUCAGCUAAUACAAAUACAAUUAGAACGACCAAAAUACAAAACAGAAAGCGCGCAGCUAGUCGCAAACAAUAACAACAAUCACAGCAAUGAGCGAAACAAGUGAAAUAGCACGAUUACGCGAAUUUCUAACCGAAUUAAUACCCAAUGAAGAUCAGUUUCAGCGCUUAUAUCGAAACUUUUGUGAACAGAUACGCAAAGGUCUGGGCGCUAAUACAAACAAAGAAGCGAGCACAAAAUGCUACCUGACAUACGUACAGGAUUUUCCCACAGGCAAUGAAACUGGUAAAUUUUUAGCACUUGAUUUAGGUGGAUCCAAUUUUCGCGUGCUACUCAUUUCCUUGAGAAGCAAUCAUGAUGCCGAACAAACAUCAAAGAUAUACCAAUUGACAGAGAAAGAAUUACUCGGAAAGGGUAGCGAACUAUUUGAUUACAUCGCCAAGUGUUUGCAUGAAUUCGUUUGUGAGAAUAAAUUGGAAGCGGAAAACCUGCCACUGGGCUUCACCUUUUCUUUCCCAUGUGUACAGAUUGGUUUGUCUAAGGCCACACUGGUACGUUGGACAAAAGGCUUCAAUUGCGCUGACACAGUGGGCGAAGAUGUGGGCACAAUGUUGAAGGUGGCUAUCGCAAGACGACAAGGUCUGAAAAUCGAUAUGGUCGCCAUAUUGAAUGACACCACCGGCACGCUCAUGUCCUGCGCUUAUAAAAAUCCAGAAUGUAAUAUAGGAUUGAUUGUUGGUACAGGUUGUAAUGCCUGCUAUACGGAAAGAGUUGAAAAUUGUGAGCGUUUGGAUGCGAAAUACAAGAAUAAACCAAAAAUUAUAAUUAAUGUGGAGUGGGGCGCUUUCGGCGAGAAAGGGGGUGUCGAUCAUUUACAUACCGAAUACGAUAAAAUUAUUGAUAAAAAUUCGCUCAAUCCUGGUGCACAAAUUUACGAAAAAAUGGUGGCAGGUAUGUAUCUUGGAGAGCUGGUGCGCUUGAUAAUGCUGCGCGCCGUCAACGAGAACCUCGUUUUCGCACAGUGUAAACUUCGCAAACACAUCACUGACAUUUUAACCAAAAAACCUAAUUGUAUCGAAACGAAAGUGCUGUCUGAAAUCGCCAACGACAAAGGCGACGACUGGCCACUUGUGAAAGAGUAUUUAAAGAAAAUUUUCAAUUUGAACGAUCCUGAUAUCGAUGACUGUAUGAAAUUUAAAUAUGUAUGUGAUGUUGUGGCGAAACGUGCAGGCAAUAUGCUGGGCGUAACUCUGAGCGCAUUGGCGAACAAAGUGGGUGAAAAGUUUACCAUCAUAGGGGUAGAUGGCACCGUUUAUCGUUGUCAUCCGAACUUCGAUGGGUAUAUGCGCGAAACAUUGGAUCAAUUUAUCGAGAAGGGUAUUAGGUAUGACAUUAUGCUGUCAGAGGACGGUUCAGGACGUGGUGCCGCUUUAGUGGCAGCAGUCGUUCAGAGAGAGAAUGCUUAAAAAAUAAUAUUAAAUUUAAGUUGCACUCAUAGCUGAAAAGUUUCGAUUGCUGAUGCAGAAGGCGGAACGUUUAACAUUUCGAGGCUUUAUAAUUCGCCGAGAGAGGAACAGAG